AUGAGGUUAAAGGGCUCGCCCCUAUCGGCCGAUAUAAUGGAAGAAACGAUCCCCUACAACAUGAAGUUGCCAAAUCUGCCAACUUUCAAUGGAGAAGGAGAUCCAAUGGACCACACGUCCAGAUUUACUGCAACCAUGGGCCUUCUAAGCGUCACAGACGCGAUCCUAUGUCGGGUGUUCCCCACCACUCUGACAGGAACCUCCCAAAGGUGGUAUAAUAAACUCAAACCAGGAUCGAUCAGAAGCUUCGCCGCACUGUCAACCGAGUUUCUUAACAAGUAUCUUACAAAUAUACCUGCUAAGACAACCAGCAUCAUGAGGUCAUGUAUUCAAGAAGAAGGAGAGAAACUAAGGAGCUAUAUAGAGAGAUUCAACAAGCAAGCCAUGAAAAUAGACAACCUAAAUGUCGACAUGGCAACUGAAGCAUUGAGGGAAGGAACGCGAUUCGGGAAAUUGGUAGAUAAACUACUAAUAAACAAGCCAACCACAUUUUCAAAUUUGAUGGCCAUAGCCCAGAAAUACUUCGAAUUAGAUGAAGGACGAAGAGCCAUUAGAGGAAAGGAAACAAAGGGGAAGGACUCAAAAGAAAAAACGAAAGAAAAAGAAAAAAGCAAACCUAGAUCGGAAGACUGGCAAGGAAAACUCGAAGAAAGCAGACGAUUCGACCCUCAAGGAAGAUAUGAACCACGAUACGAUCCCUGA